CCUACACAGCGCCGGUCUCGCUUGGCCCGGGUGACGUCACGCGGCGACACUCCCUUUCCCCCGGCAGAGGGAGAAAGAUGGCGCCCACGCACGUACUGAGAUGCUGUCAGCGGGGCUUGGCAUGGAUACCCGUGAUUUUCAUCGCCCUGGUCGUCUGCUGGUCGUACUACGCGUACGUGGUGGAGCUGUGUAUCUUCACCAUCCCCAGUAUAGGAGAGCAGAUUGUCUACAUGAUCUGCUUCCACCUCUUCUUUGUCAUGUUCGUAUGGUCUUACUGGAAGACUAUCUUCACCAAGCCAGCCAACCCUUCCAAAGAGUUCUGCCUGCCCAAGGUUGAGAAGGAGCGCUAUGAGAAGGAGGAGAGGCCCGAGUCCCAGCAAGAUAUCCUUUGGCGAGCCGCCACCAGUCUGCCUCUGUACACCCGCACUGGAGCCGGAGCAAUCCGCUACUGUGACCGCUGUCAAGUCAUCAAGCCCGACCGAUGUCAUCACUGCUCUGCAUGCGACAUGUGCGUGCUAAAGAUGGACCACCAUUGUCCCUGGGUGAACAACUGUGUGGGAUUCUCCAACUACAAGUUCUUCAUCCUCUUCCUGGCCUACUCGUUGGUCUACUGUUUGUUCAUCGCAGCCACCGUGCUUCAGUAUUUCAUAAAGUUCUGGACGCUUUGCCGGAGGAAAUCAGUAGAGAACUGCCCAAAGAACGAGCUGCCAGACACUCACGCCAAAUUCCAUGUCCUGUUUCUUUUUUUUGUGGCGGCCAUGUUUUGCAUCAGUAUCCUGUCGCUCUUCAGCUACCACCUGUGGCUUGUAGGGAAGAACAGGUCCACUAUAGAGGCUUUCAGGGCGCCAGUCUUCAGGACGGGCUCUGAUAAGAACGGCUUUUCUCUGGGCUUCCGGAAGAAUAUCGCUCAGGUCUUUGGAGACCAGAAGAAGUACUGGCUGCUUCCCGUCUUCACCAGCCAAGGAGAUGGUCUGACGUUCCCUGCACGGCUGGUCUCUGCUGAUGCAGAGCAGGCAACGGUGACCCUGCAUCCAGAGCCCAAUAAGAGUGCUGCCGAAGUCCCUGCGAGCCCACUCAACGACUCACAGAAUCGCCUCCUGAGCAACGACCAGCAUGCCAACAACAUCACAGAGCAUUUGGCUAACAACACCCUCAAAUCAGAUGAAAAUGAAACCAUCACAAUCUCCAUGGAGAGCGAGUCCUAACCAGGAGAAUACCCUCAGUCGUCUGAAACGAUGCCUUAAGCAGCGCAGCAGUUUAGCCCAUCACCAUGGCAACAGUCUCCCAGUGCAGCCGCAUCCCCACAGACACAUUCGGAGUAGCCGUGGAACUGCAGUCAUUAAACCCUUCACACAACAGUAUUGCAUCGGCAUUUCUCGCAUGCAGUAUCGUAAGCUAAUCUUACACCUACCCCCCCCACCCCCCCCCCCCCCCCACCCAAUAAGGUACAAGGUUGUUCCCUCUAACAUCAACACACAUGCACACAUGAUAACUGUCACACAUUCAGCUCACUCCUUGUGUUGUUUAUUUUUUCAUAUUUUUCUCACAACUGGAGGAUUUAUUUCGUAAAUGAAAGAAUCCUGCAGGGAAACGGUUCUACAUUUGUUGUUUUUGAGAGAACUUGUUUGUGCCAAAAGCCUCCUGGGUGCACCAGGCCUCAUUUAUAGGCGCAAAGCUGCAGUGAAGUGUGGUGGAGAUGCUGGAGCAGUGGGGGUUUUUUUUAAAGGCAGUUGGAUUGUUUUGCCCACCCAUGUGACAUGUUUGUUUUUUUGUAACUCAAAUGUCGGGGCGUAUGUACAGUAUAUGGUCCGCACCUUUUUGAGACAGAUGUUUCCCCUCCAAAACCCGGACGACGUUACAGAGCGCUUCGGUUUCAGUGGACCGAACCAGUGCACAGUGGGGAACACUGUACCUGGGGUCUUGGCCGGUGUUUUGGAUAUCUGAGCGCAAGCUGGCGCAUUUUUUGCACUUUGUAGAUUAUCAAUAUCCAUCAAACAAUGUGCUGCUUUUUUUCUCUUUUCAUGUCCAAAAAGCAUCCCAGGUGAAACAGAUGUUGAAUGAUAAUGUGAUUUAUGGCGUAUUGUGUGUGUACGUGUGCGUGUUUGUGUACGUGUGCGCGUGUGUGUACGUGUGCGCGUGUGUGUACGUGUGCGUGUAUAACAGUUGAAGUGGCAGUUUUUUUUUCUUCCUUUAUUUUUUUAUCAACUAACAGAAACUAAAAGAAUCAGCUUUAUGUGCUUUUGUGGCCAACUCGUACGACAACGUGCUGCUUAACUACGGACAGUGCGACCUGGGAGAUGCAACGUACCGCCUCCUUCCCUACCUGCCUCUUGUCACGAGUCAGUAAAUUACGUGUCAUGUGAUGAUCAGUGAUUGUCAGCCCAAAAAUGUCCGCUGCCUGUCUCUCUCUCUUCACACCUCACACAGCACUUCGACCUUUUACAAAGACACCAACACUCAUUGCCAAAAUAAGGGCUUAACCUGUCAGGAGCUCUGAACUUUGAACCUGAAGUGUUUACAACACCCUAGCUUUAUCUUCUCCUCAUUGGCCAAUGUCAUCCUAACCAAAUUCUUGUUCUGGCACAAUGUUUUAUACAAGGAAUAUCUGCCCCGUCUGCCUGUGAUGGAUCAUGGUGUCCUUGCAAUACCAGCACUGGCUGGCAGGUGGCGACGAGGCCAUUUGAUCGGCCCUCAUUCAGAUCAAGCGUCAUCUGUACUUUAUUAACAUCUGGCUCAGGGAUCAAUUCACUGUCAGUCUGGUUUGCACGUCCAGCCUUCUUCAGAGUGAAUUGUUUCCAUAACAUGUGAUUCACUUAAGUCCUGUAAUUCUUCCGGAUUUAAUUUGAAAACAAAAGUGAAUUGAACCCUGUUGAUCCACUGUAAAAAAAAAAAAAAAAGCUUCUGCUCCCCUCGUCUUCUCUGUGUGUGAAUCGGCUUCACUGCUGUGACCUUGAACUGUUUAAAAGGAGAUUUAGCUUGUGUGAAACUUGACAGUGAAUUGUUUUCAUGUCCGUGUCAGAACAUCUGGGAUGGGACUCCAAAUCCGUAAAGACAGAAUCUUUAAUGCACCUGAAAAUCACCCGUGUAUUUCACAUGAUCUGUGAAAGAAUGGACCAUUUUGUCAGGACAACCAAAUACUGAUUUAUUUUUUUUCAGGAAUGAGCUAGAAAUCCUUUUCCAAUGAAUUUCAAUGUCAUUUAUAUGCAACGUUACACUUCUCAUCGGAGGGAGACUGAGGAUUUGCGAGGUCUUGCUCAUAUCUGUUCGGUCACAUCCCCGACUUUUGCUGGAGGAGCCGCCUACUAACUAGAUCCAAUCAUCAGACUGGUGUGGUGGUGUGCAAGUUUACAGCUGUUUCUAUCACGUAGAGUGAACUAGUGGUGUUGUACAGUGUGUGUCCUGGUAAUUGUCAUAGUCAUGCUGCAAGUACCACAGGGGAUGGUGAGGGUAUCUGGCCGCGGGACAGAGCGCUUAGAACAGCCCACUCUCUGGACAUUUAUGUUUACAUCUUAUCCUUCUGGUCACGUUUGACCCUUUUGAGCAAAGUGUAUUUAUAAUUACUCUUUACAAACAGGUGAUUGGAGGAUAUUUGUUGCUGUAUGGAUUAUGCUGUCACAGUGACUAAGUACACAAUGUAGUUUCAUCCCAAAUUAGCAUUUGGAAUUUUUUGAGGUUACCCAAACCAGGGUUGCAUUUUGUGUAGAUUUGUGUAGAUCUUUCCUAAACUUUCAAUUCAAUUCUGCGUCACGUAGGAGCCAGGGCUCAUUCCGCUCAUCAGUUAUGACCGCUGAUUCUAAAACAUCGGACCUGUCAUCUUGUUUUAUAAAUUGCCUAAAUUCUGCCUCUGGGUGGUUUGGCCUUGAGACUAAAGUGUGUGUGUGUGUGUGUCUUUUUGUAAUGCUUCUUUUGUAAUACUGUCGUCUUGGUUGAAAUGCUUCUGUGCAGCCAUGAGAUUUUUUUUUUACAUUUCUGUGUCCGUACAUAACUGUCCGAUUAAAAGCAUGGCGCCUAACUUCUGUAAAACUUGUUUGAACAUAACAGGGAUUAUGGUGAUAAAACAGACUGGGGCGUUUUUCUUUUUCAUUUUUUUUUUUCAACUGUAGCCAAGUUUGUCAUGUUUCGAUUUAGAUUUACCCCUGGUCUGUUAAAACUUUCUAAAUGAAGCCAUACAAAACUCCUGUGAUACUGGAGGAAGGAUCAGAAGAUUUCAGUCUAAUUUCAAAAACAUUUCACAUCUGUAUAUGAGAGAUGUUGCCUCUCAUAACUUGCUUAUUACUACAGUUAUUGUUUCCUUUUGGUUACAAUUUCUUAUUUUACAAUUUGUGUAUAUAUAUUGAUAAUGUAAGAAAAAGACUACAUAUAUUUUUCUUGUCUGAUUAAUUUUACUGUUCCUAUUUUGUGAAUGAAGUACAUGCCUCUACACAAGUAACGUGAAAAUAACAAUAAAUGUUUUUUUUAAACCUCCA